AUGUCCCCGGGGUUGCGCGACUUCAUCACUACUGCGCUGGACAAGGGGCCGGGGACGCGGGUCUCUGUGGGGGAGCUCAUCACGCACCCCUGGAUCGCGGCCACACUCAGCCGUGCCGGCGUGCCCAUGGGGCUGGCCACCCCCCUGGAGGGCCUCGAGCUGCACCAGCCCCUCGGCCUGGCCCUGCCGCCCGCGGCGCUCCUCCCGCCCGGCCUGUCGACGCCCCAGCAGCAGGCCAACGCGCGCGUGCGGCGGACGGCCAAGCGGACGGCCGGCCUCACGCGCUGCUUCUCGCACCGCGCGUUCGGAGGCCUGGAGCUGGCGCACCACGAAAAGGGGCUGGGCGCGGGCAUGCACGUGCAGUGGUAUGCGAAUGGCGAGGCCCUCGGCCUGCACGCCCCCUGGCUGGCCGGCAGCCCGGACAGCCCCCGCAGCAGCAGCCCCAACUCCCAGCCGCACGCGCCGCCCGCGGCGGCGCCCGCCGGCCAGCAGCGGCAGCAGCAGCAGCAGCAGCACUUUGGCGGCGCGCUCGGCGCGCCGCUGCGGAGCCCGCUCGCGUCGCCCGCGGCCGCCGCGGCGCGCGCCGCGCGGCUCGGGGGCGGGAACGGCGGCGGCGGCAGCCGCGGGGGCGGGAGCAAGCGGGGCACGCCUGAGCCGGACGGCGACGCCGCGGUGACGUUGCUGGCGCUACAGGGCCUGGCGGGCGCGGGCGGCGCCCCCGGCGACUUUUCAGCGCUCUUCUCGGGCGGCGGCCUGGCCUGCGCCACUGCCGCCGGUGACGCUGCGGGCCACCACGCUUACGCCCAGGCGGCCGCCGCCGCCGCCGCCGCCGCCGCGGCGUGCGGCAGCGACUCGGGCGCGCACAGGCGCGAGGCCAGCCGCCUGGGCGGCGGCGGCAGCAGCAGCAGCGGGGGCGGCAGCUGCGGCAACAACAAGCGGGUCGGGGGCCUGCCUGCGCUGCUGGCCAAUUCGGCGAGCCUCGAGUCGCCGCUGAAGAGGGUGGCGAGUGCAAACCGCCUCGCGACGCAGGCGGCGGCCGCAGCGGCGCAGCAGCAGCAGCAGCAGCAGGGCCCGCACCAGGUGCAGGCGGCGCUCCACGCCGCGCACUCGCAGCAGCAGCUGUCUGCGUUUGCAGACGCCGCCAUGGCCAUGAGCCAGCAGCACCAGCAGCUGCUGCAGGAGCAGCAGCGGCAGGUUGAGCAGCUGCAGCAGCAGCAGCAGGCGGAGCAGCAGCAGCAGCAGCAGCAGCAGCAGCAGCAGCAGCAGCAGCAGCAGCAGCAGCAGCAGGACGAGGCGGGGGCCAUGCAGCAGGACUACCAUCACCAUCACCACCACCACCAGCCGUACGACCACCUCGGCUGCAAUACCUUCUAG